CUCUCCCUUGACCUCAGCACUUGACCUCAUGGCGUCAACUAGAACGGCCACUCUGGUCGGCCUGUUUGGUCUGGGAGGACUGACGGGAGCCGUCAUUGCUACUCUCUUUGAUUCAAAAAAGUCGGACAAGCAGCAACACCAGCAGCAGCAGCAGCAAGUGCCGCCAACAAAGACGACUGCCACUGGUGUGCCCGCACCUCCUGCUCCAGGGGCUACUCCAUCACCGCCUGGCGCUACUUCAAACCUUCUCGACACUGAUCUUCUUGACCGCAGGCUCCUCGCAAGGGCAGCUCAGGCGGCAGGAGGAGCAAUCGAGGCGUCGGGAUACCCAGGUCCCGUCUCUGACCUUCUCGUCAACACCGCCUACGUCGCCGGCUAUGAUCGCCGAUUACGACAUCCUAGCUGGGUUGCCUGCCACAUGACAGCUGAGUCCCUCCUCAAGGUCCCUCCUCCGCCGGGCACGCCUCCGCCACCCCGGGGUGAUCGCAGCAACUCAGUCUUUAAAGAGGAUUCUCGCAUUCCUGACCUCUUUCGUGCUCACCUCGCCGACUACUUCCGCAGCGGCUACGAUCGCGGCCACAUGGUGGCUGCGGCGGAUGCCAAGUUCUCCCAACAGGCAAUGGACGAGACGUUCUACCUGACCAAUAUUGCGCCUCAGGUCGGCGAGGGAUUCAAUCGGGACUACUGGGCACACACGGAGGACUUCGUUAGAAGAUUGACCGGGCAGUUCAGGGACGUCUACUGCUUUACUGUGCCGCUCUACCUGCCCAAGCAAGACUCUGACGGCAAGUGGCGAGUCAGCUACGAGGUAAUCGGCUCUCCACCCUCCGUUGGCGUCCCGACCCAUUUCGCCAAGGUAGUCCUGGGCGUGGGCAAGCCAGGAAGCGACGUCAAGGGGGCCCUUCCUUCGAGCUCCACAACCCAUCUUACACCAAGAGGCCUGGCAGGCAAUCUGGCUGGAGAAAAGUGGGUUGGCCUUGGCGCCUUUGUUAUUCCCAAUGCCCGUGUAUCGAACGACACGCCGCUCAAGAGCUUUGUGGUACCAGUUGAGGCAGUCGAGCGAGCCUCCGGCCUGAAUCUCUUCCCGUCAACGGUCAAGACCUCCUCAAAGCAGCUGUGCAAUCUUGUCUCGUGCGAUAUCAUCGUGCGCGACUUUUCAGAUGCGAACAGAAGGGCCGCUGGGAUGCAGAGGAGCAACAGUGCACCCGCUGGUCUUGGCAAGUGA